UGGUUCCCCAGAACUGAUCAGAACCUGCUGAAUACUGCAGAGGUUUGAAGCUCAAACACAGGCUUAGGUAACCACAACAUACAAACUGUCUUGUUUUCUCCUCACUGUUAGAUUGUGAUAGGUAGUUAGGUUGUUAGAUUGAUUGGCAUUUGGAUGGUUGCAAUCCGGACAGGAUUUGUGGCGGAAAGAUAGACCCCCUGAUGAUCUAAGCAAUUAAACCAACAGGGACUGUUUUUUGAAGAAAAUAUUUUCUGGGAAAGCAAGUCUAUUCUCUUGCAAGUCUAUUCUCUUGCAUAUAACUGGGUAAUAUUUUAUUAAUAUUUGGAUUUUUUUUUGCUAUUCAAAGAAAAACAAAAAGUACAGUAGAAAAAUCCUAAAAAAAAAACCUAUGGAAAUUGAGGAUGAUUGUUAUGAGACCCAUUCAAGUAAACAAUUUUGCAUACAUUUAGAACAUUAAAAAACCUAAAUUUAGUACACCAUUUUUUUUAUUUGCUGGUGCAGACUUUUGCCCAAUAACAAGGGAUUGUUGCUGUCAUAAGAAUCAUAAUUUAGGGUGCUUUCUUUAACUACUGAAGCAAUUAUUAUCAGCUCUGAUUUUUAUUUUUAUUUUAUUUUGUGGUUGUGGGAAGGAUUCUCAAGAGGAAAAUCUAUCGGGCGCUGAUGGAUCAUUUUACAUUCCUUGUCAAAGCUGAGCAAAUCACAGUAAAAGUGAAUGGCUGCCUUUUAACCCUCUUUUUAUUUGAAGGGAUGUCCGAUCUGUGGCUGUUCUGGCAGACGCCCCUGCACCCAGUGCCAUGGACUCACAAGGAAGCAAUGUUGGGUCUGCAAUGGAACAGGAUCCCAGCUCAGUAAUCAGAGGUGUUCUUCUUGUUCCGGCACGGGAACAACUAUGUGCAAUGUCUGUUCUGGCCUGGGGACAACUGCUUGUACAGACUGUGCAGGAACAGGAAAGUUGCUGACAUACAUUGAGAUGCAAGUUGAAUGGAAAAAUAACAUUUUUGAAUACGUGAUGGAUGAAAGAACUGGGUUUCCUACUGAACUCUUCAAAGGAGUUAAAGGGAAGAAGCUAUUUGUGGAUGAGCAAUACUUGGUUCAUCCAGUGGUAAGCUUCCCUAUCUGUGCUAUUAAUCAAGCUUCCCGAAAUGCCAUUGAACAACAUCAUGCUCAGUUUGGAUCUACUGCACGGAUACUGAGACAGAGGCAAACCAUUGAGCUGGUAUUUCUUACCAAAGUGGAAUAUGAAUGGCACAGGAAAUCCUAUUCCUAUUAUGUCUACGGGAAUGAGCACAAGGUCUAUGCAGAGGAUUAUCCUAAAAAGUGUGGCUGUACUAUUGUAUGAUACCUUCCAUCCAUUGACAGAGAAACAUUGAUCAUUCCUGUAUUACGUCUGCUCACCUGCUUCAAGUCAUGUAUCUCAAAUGAAUUAUAAACCAUUGCAUUAGCCUUUAAAAGAAGACCUGGGGGAUUGUCUCUAGGGCUGAAACACUGCAUAUUUUUUGUACAAUUGAAUGUUCAUUGUUCUUGAUGAUUAAAAAUACUUGUGUUGGUAUAUUAGUUAUAACAAAUGUUAAAAGUUUAAGCCAAACAUGCCAGAGAUUCCAUUCCUUUCGUAUCUCUGGUUUUCCUUAGUUUCUUCUCUCAUCCUGAAUUAAUUCAUUAUGUUCUGAGCCUUUAAUGGAAUAUUGUAUUUCAUUGGCUUAGUGCACUUGGCACAGAGUGUUACCCAAUUCCAGAUAUAAUUUUGGAUUUUUUUAAAAAAAUAUUAAUUCUUAGUUGCACUCUUUUUUUUAAAGUUUCAAUAUAUAUCAGGAAACGGAUUAUCCAAAGUGACAGAAAGACUAAGACUUUGUAGAGGCCAAAAGUUUUAAAUUGUUUAAUUCAUGUUUAAUUCUUCAGUUGAUUACUGUUAUCGUAUGUCCUUGAUAGGACGGUAUAUAAGUAAUACUAAUUCACUUUUCUCUCACUAAUUAUUACAAACAGAAAGAUCAUAUCCUAAUAACUACAUGUUAUAAUCAUAUCCUAAUAACAACUUAUUAUAAUCAUAUCCUAAUAACUACCUAUUAUAAUCUUUCUAGCCUGAAUUCGGAACUAAUAAAGUGCAGUUAUUCUAAACAUAUGCAAUAAAAGAAUACUCCGAUAUGCUGGUAUGAGGUUUUAAAUUUUCUUGUAAAAUUUUAUGAACAUUUUAUAAAGCUAUAUCCUUUUUGCAAAUGUUGGAUGGAAUGGCUCUAUCCUAAAAAGCAUUGUAAAAAAAUAGAUUAUAGAACAGAAUAAAAAAGAAAAUAUGGUUUCAGUGGAAUAAAAUAGAAAUGGAUAGUGACAAUAAUAGCAAUCAAAGGGGAAACAUUGAAGGACUUGUUUCUCUCAUCUAAUAUACUUUUAAAUUAUGAGUGCCCCUGGCUCCUUCCUAUGGUGAAGAUUCCUUUGGAGGAGGCUAAUUGGGACUCACUCCAGUCCUAAUGAACUUUCUGUUAGUUAAAGUACAAGAAGUGAAGAUCUUACUGUGUGAAUAAAGCAGAUUGGGUCAGGAAUGAGGAACCUUGUUCCAUUCUGUUGGAAGAAAAAUCUUAUCUGGUUCAGUUCCAAUCCAGGAGAAAGGCACUGGAAAUAAAAUGGAGUCUGGAAAGAAAGGUUCCCUUUAUUGACGAAGCAAAACCACCAAGCACAUGUGAUUCGAAGAUAGUUGACAAAAUGGAGUUGAGAGAGGGUGGGUUUUUAUAUACCUUCUUUGGGCUUUGAGCUUCCUGUUGCUCUGCAAGAACAUGUCCUUUAAUAUUCCAAGAGAGGGAAGUAGAGGGGAGGAAAAGAGUAGGAGAGGGAGGAGGAGUCGAGUGAGGAGAAGGAGAGAGGACAAUGGUGGAAUAGGGUAUAACAUGAUGUAGAAGCAGAAGAGCAAAUGUGAAUGGAUGGCAAGAGGAAUUGAUAUAAUAUUGGAUAAUAUAAAAUAAUGCUUGUUAAGAUGUAGUGGUAUACUUGCGGUUACUUGUAUGAAAAUAAAAAAAACAUUUUUAAUAAAACAUGUCCUUUAAUAUUCUAA